CUUCAUCCAAGCGCGUACAUGUAUAUAUCGUAACGCGGCCCCGCGGCUCGGACGUAUUCCUCUUGGCUUGGACCCAGCGCUCUUCCCGGCCGUCCUCGUGAGACUCGGAUCUUAAACAGAGAAAAUUACAUAGCUCAUAAUCCUGUGGGGCAUUGGAAGCCAACCAAAUGGCAUCUUCUACUACUGUGCCUGUAGGUUUUCACUAUGAAACAAAAUAUGUUGUCCUCAGCUAUUUGGGUCUCUUGUCACAAGAAAAGCCUCAGGAGCAGCUCUCUCUGCCAACUCAAGUGACUGAUCCAUCUGCGGCCUCACAAGCUUUAGAUAAGGAAGUCCUGGAGAAAGUUAAAGCAGAAAUUGAGGAGGAAUUGAAACGUCUUGAUGAAGAAAUUUUGGAAGCUUUUACCAGCACAGGCUUUGACUGCCACACAUCUCCAGUAUUCAGUCCUGCCAACCCAGAGACUUCAAUAGAAGAUUGCUUAGCUCAUCUGGGAGAGAAAGUAUUCCAAGAAUUGAAAGAACCUCUUCAAAAGGCAUUAGAGACCCUACUUAGCAAACCAGUAACUUACAAGGAAUACAAGGAGAGGACACAGGAAGCAUCAGCUCAUGCCAGUGGAUGGAGCAAGGUUUUAGUGCCUCUGGUGAUCCUUCAGCGAUUCCUGAUGGAACUGACAAGACAGGGCAAAGAACCACUUGGGGCACUGCUGAAUUUUGGAGUGACCUACCUAGAAGACUAUGUUGCAGACUAUAUCAUCCAGCAAGGUGGAUGGGGUACUGUUUUUAGUUUGGAUUCUGAAGAAGAGGAGUACCACGGAAUAAUUGCCGAAGAUAGCAAUGACAUCUACAUCCUAACUAGUGACAACUCAGGCCAGGUGAGCCCUCCUGAGUCACCCACAGUGACAACAUCUUGGCAGUCGGAAAGCUUGCCAGUUUCUUUGUCGGCUAGUCAGAGUUGGCAUACUGAGAGCUUACCUGUCUCGUUGGGGCCUGAGUCUUGGCAGCAAGUGGCUAUGGAUCCUGAAGAAGUGAAGAGUUUGGACAGCAAUGGAGGUGGGGAAGAAAGGAGUGAAAAUAACUCUUCAAACUCUGAUAUUGUUCAUGUUGAAAAGGAGGAGAUACCAGAGGGGGUUGAGGAAACAGUGGUGUCAGAAGUGGUCCUGCAGGCUGACCCUGCAAAGUCUGCUUCCCCAGAACCUCCAACUGCAUUGCUGGAGCCAGAAGCUGAAAUUGUGUCUCUUAAAAAGCCAGGCUCCUCUGCACCUUCACAUAAGGAACACCAGAAAGAGGGGAAAGAGGUGCUGCUGCCAGAACCUGAAGCUCCAGCCUUGAGUAAACCUGUCCAGCAAUUAACUCAGUCAGAAGAAAAAGCUACCCCCAAACCUGAAAGAAUACUGCCUCCAGAAGAAGAAAUAAAGACCAGAAAGGGAAGCUAUUCUGAAGAAAAGGAAGAGAAGACUCCUGCUGGAGAGGAGAAACCCAUCCUCUUACCAGAAGGCAAAUCAAUUCUACUAUAUGGUGGGGCAGCUGCAGUGGCCAUCCUAGCUGUGGCAGUAGGUGUAGCACUAGCACUGAGGAAGAAGUAGUGAAUGCCUCUCCUCAAGGAGGUAGCGCCUGAAUCUACACUUAGUUGCAUUGGCUGAGGGUUGUGGUGCCUGCUGUUAAUGGGAAAUUCAUGUAGCAAAAAGGGUGAUGGGGUAAAGGUACACUAUAAAGCUAAGCCUGGGGACAAUCAUGUUUUUAGUGGACUGGUAUCGGAUCUUCCUGUUUAACAUAUAGGGGUGUCAUUUUGAAAACCCCUGCACAUUUAAUAUGUAUGUAUAACUGAGAAAUGGGGAUGCUUAUACACUGGAAACCGGCACAGAACAUUCCAGGGGAAAAGGAAAGUUUGUUAUCCCUGGAAAUUUCCCUUCCAUAAGCUGCUCUUGCAGCUUCUUGGUUCCCCUUUAACCUCUUGAAUGAGAGGCUCAGUUUAGCAUGAGGUUGGUAGCUCUUUUGUCUCGGCUUCCUCAGGUAUUGCACAGCUCCUCUUGACCUCCCAGAUCUCUUUUAAACCCCAGUGGGUUAGUGCUUCUUCAAUACAGUGGUACCUCGGGUUAAGAACUUCUUUCUGGAGGUCUGUUCUUAACCUGAAACUGUUCUUAA